AUGGUGGAACUUUCUGAGGCACUACCAGAUGAAGAAUUGCUGAAGCAAACAGUAUUAAAUAAUGAUGACGAUGAUAGAAGAAUGACAAGGCUGCGGAUUGAACGGUUUCGCACAACACAUACAUUAUAUAUCCUGCUAUUAUUUUCCUUAGCAGUAUUGCAAGCCAUUGCAAUAGCAUUUUUUACUCGUGGAUUCCUACUAUCUAGAACAGUCCUUGAUAAUGUUGCAUCGUUUGACGAAACGAAAGAUUCGUAUGGAAAGUUUGAUAAAGCAGUAAUACUGAUCGUUGAUGCAUUGAGAUUUGAUUUUGUUAUUCCAGUUGAUACUGCAGCUGAAGGAUAUAAUGAUAACUAUCAUAAUAACUUAAAGGUAUUGUACGAAUAUUGGGACAAUUCAGUUCUACUGAAAUUCAUUGCAGACCCUCCAACAACAACGUUGCAACGCCUAAAAGGGCUAACGACAGGUUCUUUACCCACUUUUAUCGAUGCUGGGUCUAACUUUAAUGGGGACGUAAUAGUCGAGGAUAAUUUAAUCAAGCAGUUAUAUCUGCAUAACAAAUCUAUUUAUUUUGUGGGGGAUGAUACGUGGGACGCCUUAUUUCAUCCCUACUUAUCAAACAUGAGUGUACCUUAUGAAUCUCUCAAUGUGUGGGAUUUGGAUACCGUUGACAAUGGAGUGAUUUCAUAUUUUGAAGAACACCUUUUAGACAAGGAUCCUCUAGAUAGAGAAUGGGAUGUCCUAAUUGGGCAUAUGUUAGGCAUUGAUCAUGUUGGCCAUAAAUAUGGUCCGAAUCAUUUCACUAUGUCUGAAAAGCAACAGCAAGUGGACAAGUUCAUACGCAAGGUAAUUGCCUCUAUUGAUGAAGAUACCUUACUUGUGGUAAUGGGUGAUCAUGGUAUGGACCAUACGGGAAAUCAUGGUGGUGAUUCCAAUGACGAAUUAGAAAGUACCUUGUGGCUCCAUUCCAAACGUAAAAAUGCAUGGAAACUAAAAAGCCCAGAUCAGUACAACACUUCCCGAUUAGGUGAAAAUUACAGACAGGUCAAUCAAAUAGACCUUGUUCCCACUUUAUCGUUACUACUGGGCACCCCUAUACCAUUUAACAACUUAGGAUGGCCAGUUGACGAAAUCGCUACCUCCGACGAGGAAUGGAAAAUAUAUACGAGAACCACGUUAGACCAACUACAGACCUACAAUAUGACAAGUAGGGCAAUUACUAACCCUCAGAAAAACGUUCUCCUUCAACAACUGUGGCAGAAUUCUACUAUAUCAGCACAGUAUGGUUCUGAAUACCAAGCGGCCCUUUUAGACACGUACAAGGACCUAUGGGCCCGUUUUGAUUAUUAUAGCAUUGGGACUGGUAUCCUACUACUAACCUUGUUUUUAGGACUAUUGGUUACUGUUACGAGACUGAUUUCAUCCAUAGUCGUUGGUCAGAUGGUAUCAGAAUUAGUUCCAACAAUAGUGGUAAUGGCACUAGUUUCUAACGUUUGUUUUAUUGGAAUAUUUUAUGUUCUGCAUCAGCCAGCGUUCCUAGCCAAUUGGUUUUGGUGCUCCUUAUUGGCUACUGCAGUUGGUAUCAUUAUUGGUUUCUAUAUUCCCAUAUUUGACCGGUAUAAUCUGGCUUGGUUGACGUUCAGACUUGUUGAAGAACUAUCCGAUUACUGGUCUAGAAUUGCAGCAAUGUUCAUAGCAAUACAUGCUUUAUUAUUUAUAUCCAAUUCAUUUACAAUCUGGGAAGAUAAAAUUGUCAGCUUUUUAUUGACGACGCUAGGAAUGUUAACAUUAUACGAAUUUGUAUUCUUACCCAAAAGACAAUAUACCGCAGCACUUCUUAAUGCUUCAUUGGGAGAAAAAGAAGGCACUGUUUCGGGGGCUACGUCUGGUCAAGCUAACUCAGAUUCAUUGCCUUUAGGGAGAUUUGCAAGAAUGGUUGGAGGCUACCACUCUAUUGUUUUAAUAGUGUGUACAAGAUUAGCAUCUCUCAUCACUAUUUGCCGCGAAGAGCAAGGAAUCCACUGUACUCCAACGUUCAGCUUGCGUAGUAAUUAUUCAAUGCCAGUUAUUCUAGGAUGCCUAUUUUUGGUUUUUGCCAUUCCAUCGUGUAUUAAAGGCUAUUAUAAUGUCUGUUCUUCCUAUCAAGCUGCUGCACCAAUAUGGAUUGGAAUGUUAUUGAAAUCUAUUCUAUUUGUUAAUUUCAUAUAUUGGGGCCUAACAGCCUUUGAAAAUAUGUCCCAAGGUUUUCAAAUCAAUCUUGGAAUUGUUAAACUUACAUUAUCUCGUAUCAUUGUGGGUGUCUCAUUAAUUGUCGCCAACAUUGGCUGGAUGAUGGGCCCUUUGUGUAUCAAGUUGAAUAUUCACAAUAAUGAUACAAAGUCUCAUCAAGCCACUAUAUUAGGAUAUACUAAUGUGUAUGGAGCUCAGUACUUUCUGUUGGUGACUAACUUUUUGAUGUGUAUCAUGUUGUUCAACAAACCAUUAGCUCAACUUUCGUUGUUCCUAAUGUGUAACCAAUUGUUAUCCGUUUUAGAAAUUAUAGAUUUGUUAAAACUGAAAGAAAAUUUAAUUGGACCGGUUGCAAUGGGUUUGAUUUCCUAUAAUCAGUUUUUUAGCACUGGCCAUCAAGCCACUAUUCCAUCAGUCCAAUGGGAUAUGGGUUUCGUUUUAACGGAAAGCAUUACAUUUCCUUUCACACACUUGGGCAUCAUUAUGAACACUUUUGGACCUCAUAUUUUAUGUGCUGUAUCAGUUGCAUUGCUUACUUUAUGGAAGCAGCCUCCUGGAGUAUUGAGAGCGAACACUUUAUUAGCACGCAUUGUAUCUAAUUGUGGGAUGUUGUUGAUUUAUCAUACUGUAUUAUGUCUGAGUAGCUUCAUUUGGGUCACUCAUUUCAGGCGGCAUUUGAUGGUGUGGAAGAUUUUUUGUCCUAGGUUUAUCUUCGCCGCAUUAAGUUUGAUUGUAACACAAUUAGUUGUAACUUUCAUCACUGUUGCCUUUGCAGGUGGUCGGUUAAUUAGACAAAUCAACCACCUUUUUUGGAAAUAG